GUCGCCCAGCCCGGUAAGGCGGCAGACAAUGCCAGCAGUAAGAAGAGGGCCAAAGCCCGAAAGCAGGGAGGAUUGCAAGCUCUGUUGGCCUCUAAGCAAAAGUCCCAGGCCAGUUCAUCGUCAUUGGAUCUUUUUGAUUUCCUGCAGCAGUGAAUCGACCGAUCUCCUUUCCCUCUCCAUUCUCUGGGCCUUCCUUUCACUUUGAUUUUUCCGCCAAGACCGAUGCCUCGGGGAUAUUUCGGCCCGAGUCCGAUUGGGACUAGCGCGGGGAAGCUCUCCGUCAGUCGAAGCUCCAUUGAAGUCACUCUCCUCCGUCCCAUCGACUCCGGAACUCUCAUACUUCUGCUCCAUCUGCUCCACCACCACUCCCUGCGACGCAAUGUCGUCUUUCUCUCAAGAUGACGAGCACGACCCCCAGGCGGACGAGCUCCGCGAAACCGCCCUCGUCACGCUCGAAGCCUUGAUCAGCUCGUGCAGCCAACAAAUGCAGCCUUACCUGUCCAACACCGUGAAGUCCGCCCUCAGGUUCCUCAAGUACGACCCCAAUGUUGCCGACUUCGAAGAAGACGAGGAGAUGGGUGGCACUCAGGAUGAUGAUUCGGAGGGCGAUGGCACCGAGGAGCCCGAUCUGGAUGAUGAUGAGUUCGAGGACUUUGAGGAGGAGGGAGGAUAUAGUGAUGUGGACGACAUGAGCUGGAAGGUCCGACGAUGCGCCGCUAAGCUGCUUUACUCCCUCAUCUCGACAUACGGACGGGGCCGGACCUCCAACAAUUCUUCCUUGUACCAGCAGAUCGCGCCCGCUCUCAUUUCCCGGUUCAGCAAGGAGAGAGAAGAGAGCGUGAAGCUGGAGGUGGUUUCGACAAUGACGGCUCUGGUUCGCAAGACUGGCGAUGGUGGGAUGAUCAUCACUUCGAGUGGCUUCCUGGAGUCCGUUGGCGGAUCGAAAAACUCGAGGAAGAGAAGACGGCAGGACAGUGAUGCCAACAUGAUCGACUUUGAGCCAAGUAUCGGCACCUCGUCCGCCGUGGGCACCCCCGUUGCUGCUCCUUCGUCUCCCGAAUCCGGUCCCCAGGCCGACUUGGCCCGUUCCGUGCCCAUCAUCGUACAGAGCAUCGUCAAGAUGUGGAAGCAGGCGUCUGUUCCUCUGAAGCAAGCUAUCAUCAUCCUUCUGAAGAGCCUGGCUCUCGUUCGGUACGGAGGACUGGCAGACCACCUUCAACAGAUUGAAGACCCGAUCGCGGAUGUUUUGAAAUCGGCGUCCCUAUCGGGUGGUUCGUCUGCCCCGGCGGGAGCGGCCGUCAGCGCGGGAACCCUCCAGGUCGAGACGCUGAGUCUUAUCUCUGCCAUUGCCGAAACGCACACCUCGGAUGCUCUUCUCCCCUUCCUGAUUGCCCUCACUCCAGGCGUCAUCGGGUCCGUCAAAGAUAGAAACUAUAAGGUCAGCAGUGAGGCUCUCGGAGCUGUUGAACAGAUUGUGAAGGCUCUUACCCCGCCCCGCGUGUCAACAACUUCCCAGGAUCUGCAGUCCCAGCUGGAGAAGCUAUAUGAUGUGGUCCACGAUCGCAUUGCCGAUACGAGCGCCGAUCUGGAGGUUCGGCAGCGAGCUAUUCACGUCUUUGGUGUGCUUAUAGCACGAACCUCUGGCGACAACGGGUCAUCUUUCCUUUCUCUGGAUCGCCGUUCGAAGGGUCUCCUUGUCCUUGUUGAUCGCCUGAGAAAUGAAACCACCCGACUGUCUGCGGUUCGUGCCGUGGACGAUAUCGCUGUCCUGUGCAGUCGGGAGGCAGACGUUCCCUCUUCAUGGGUUAGCGAAGUCACUGCGGAACUCGCUGCUCAGCUGCGCAAGUCUGAUCGCGUGCUCCGAGGUGCCAGUUUGGAGGCUCUGCGCAGCCUGGCUAUGAACCCUAUGACUCGGGCCCAUUACGAUGACAAGACCAUGAAGGUCUUGGAAGACUCGCUGCUGCCUCUGAUUACUGCCGAGGAUUUCCAUUUCCUUGCGCCCGCUCUCAUCAUCCUGGCAAAGCUUGUGCCUGGAAAUGCGCAGCUUCUCGUCAACGAGGGGCUGGUUUCUGCUUUGUGCUCGAUUGUUGUCUCGUCGUUAGUCGGCACCGUCCUGAAGGCACUGUUGCUGCUCGUUAAAGUUAUCGGAGAGGAAGAGGCUGGGGCCGAUCUGAUGAGAAGAUUGUUGCGUGACGUUGGCAUCACCGGCGAUACUUCCGUCGUCGGCAGGGCAAUCGGCACCCUUGUUGUCCAUGGCGGACCGAAGUUGGGCGUCAAGAUGGAAGAUUUCUUGAAGGAGCUUCAGACUGCACAGGACGCGCAACGUAAAUGCCUCGCCCUCGCCAUUCUAGGAGAGAUCGGUCUUCGGAUGGGGUCCAAGUGCUCUUUAACUCCCGACCUGUUUAUUGACCAUUUCAACUCCAAGUCGGACAAGGUCCGGUUGGCCUCGGCCGCGUCUCUUGGAAAUGCUGCUGCCGGUAACGUGAAGGCCUACCUGCCUACGAUCUUGAACGGCCUGGACAAGUCAAACCCUCAAAGCUACCUGCUCCUUCAUUCGGUCAAGGAAUUGCUUCAGCACCCCGAAAUCGUCCGCCCUGACGUGGCCCCUUCGGCCCUCAAGCUCUGGCAGGCCCUCCUCCUUGUCUCAGAAGAGGAGGACAACCGUGCUGUCGGUGCGGAAUGCGUUGGUCGCCUGGCGUUGAUCGACCCCGUUGCCUAUAUUCCUCAUUUCCAGGAAUACUUGUCCAGUUCAGAUGCCGGGGUUCGCGGUGUCGUCAUAUCUGCGUUCCGCUAUACCCUAUCCGACUCGAGAGAUCAUUACAACGAUGUGCUACGACCGCUAAUUGUUCCCUUGUUGGUCAACAUGCUCAGCGAUCGUGACCUCGGAAAUCACCGUCUUGCUCUGACAACAUUGAACUCGGCUCUUCACAACAAGAUGGACAUCAUCCUCCCUCAUCUCAACGAGCUACUCCCGGCAGUCUUUGGCGACACGCAGAUCAAACCCGAACUCAUCCGUGAAGUCCAGAUGGGUCCAUUCAAGCACAAGGUCGACGACGGUCUUGAGCUGCGCAAGAGCGCCUACGAAACUCUUUACGCCUCCUUAGACACCGCCUUCUCCCUUACGCACGUCUCCGAGUUCUUCGACCGCAUCCUCGCCGGAAUCGACGACGAGCAAGACAUCCGCACCAUCAGCAACUUCAUGACCUCCAAACUCAUCACGCUGGCCCCCGAAGAAACGCAAAGGUAUCUCGAUGCGCUCUCAGAACGCUACAGCACCGUCCUCUCCUUCAAACCAAAAGACAACGCCGUGAAGCAGGAGCUCGAAAAGGCGCAGGAAGCAUCCAACGGCGUUCUCAAGAUCACCCGUGAACUGAGCAAGGCCUUCCCGAACGCCGAGGCUUCCGCCGAUCAUCACAAAUGGAAGGCGUACAUGGAAUGGACCCGGAAGUCGUUUGCUUCUCAGUUGAAGAGCUUGGAUACGGACUUUUGAGGAAAAAUGGCGAAAGGACCAAAUAGAUGGAAUGGUUGCAUGAAGGGGUGGGAAUUAACCCGACAAUGACUAGUUUACGAUAGCGAUAGCGAAGACGAAUGGAGAUGAUUUUAUGUCUUUUAAUCACUGUCACUGCUAUGCAGUGGAUCUAUAAUGUUG